UUCAAAUACUGAAUUUUCCUCGAGUUCAAAAAAUUUGGACGAAGGUUUGGCUAAAAUAUUUGAUGAAAUUCUCCUGCAAGUGUUUUCCAACGUUCCCUUUGAUGAAACGAGAAGAACAGCAGGCCAAUCAAUUACAACGAGUGACAUGAAAGAAACUUAUCCUCAACAAAAGAGCUUGGAAAAUACUGAAUUUGCGUCAAGUUCAAAUAAGCAGGAAGAACAUUUGGCUAAACUAUUUGGAGCCAGUGUUGCUGCUGGGAAUUCUGCUGAACCAGAAUUUUUCCUUGGCAGCAUGGACAGAAUUUCCAGUAAUGAUCACAUUUCAGAGGCGGAAAGAGAUGACGAACCCCCUCUCUUCAACAGGGCUGUGAGUGAGCAGUUAACUACUGCAGAUAAAAAAACACUUCAGGAAGCAGUUAGUCCAGGUAUUCGAAACGGGAAUUUGCCGUGUGCGCAGCUUCUGCACUUCCUGCAGAGGAACAUCAUCAUCGCUGCUGUCUCGGUGGCGGGAAUCCUCGUGGUCACAGUGGUGGUGCUCCUUGGGCUGACCGCAUGCAUGAGGAGGAAACAGUGUUUAUCCCCUCCGGCCAAUAUGACAUAUAAUAUUUUUAUAAUGAAUGGAAAGAGUUUGUGGCAAAAGUCUCAAGAAAAGAGCCCCACAAAACAUGCAGGAAAACAGAAACAGUUGAAGUGCAAUUCCUGUGUCUAAGCCAGGUGGUGGGGCCAGCCAAACCACGAGCCAAGCCAGGACUAAAGCUAUGAUGCAAGGCGAUUCUCCAUCCCAACACCACGGAGAGACAACUGGAUUUCUGGCUGGGAGGUGUGCUUACAAAAUGCCGACCUUCUCCUCUCAGUCUGGAAUGGACCGAGAAAAAAAUGUGUUACCAUAGGAUCCUUACAGUGGUAUGGCAUGAACGACUAGAAUAGGAGACUCCGCACAUCCGCCCGAAGACAAAACUGACAAA